AUGAAGUCCUUGCAUAUCGUGCGUAAUUGCUCCCAAAUAUUAAUCGUAUCAUCUCGCAGAAUGAAAAAAAAUUGUAAUGGAUUCACCUUUCAUAUAAAUACGGCAUCUUCUUCAGGCAAGGCAUCACAAAUUGUUUGGUCUUCUUAAGAUAAUAUUAGAGGUUUUGAAAAUAAAUUUGUGUUUUAUAUUAGUCAAAAUGAAAGUGCUAAUUUGUUCACUAAUGGUUACUUGUGCUCUUGGAGCAAGAUUGGACAACACAUAUUUACCCCCUGCAGGUGCUAGAACUGCAGGCGGCAGUUCAAGCUUCCUUUCAACACCAACCUUUGCAGGAAGUUCUUCAGGUUUCAGAUCAUCUGGUUCAGCAUUUUCUGGCAUAUCUCCCGCAACAUCUUAUGGCGCACCAUCAUUCGGGGGUUCCCCAACACAAUACAGUGGUGCCAGUUCAUACUCCACCGGUCCCCAGUUCAGGAUUUUGAAGUUUGACAGCCAAAAUCCCGGAGACGGAAGCUACAGAUUCGAUUACGAAACUGAGAAUCAGAUAAGUCAGCAUGAAGCUGGUGAAGUUAGGAACGCAGGAAGUGACCAAGCUUCGAGUGUUGUAAGAGGAAGCUACUCGUAUACUGCCCCAGAUGGUCAGCAUAUUACUGUAAACUAUGUGGCUGACGAGAAUGGGUUCAGACCAGAAGGAGCCCAUUUGCCAACCCCACCACCCAUUCCAGAAGAUAUCCAGAAAUCUCUAGCCACCAACGCUGCCAGCUCUUCAGGAAGCUACCAAUACCCUUCAGGAGGUUAUUCAGAUUCUGGAGCAUACGACGGUGUAGAGAUAAGCGCUGCAAGAAGUACAUUUUCCUCUGGACAAGCUUCCGGCAGGCAGUAUCUCCCCCCUACUGUAGCCAGAGCUGGUCAAGGGUAUAGAUAUUAAUCUGGAUCAUAGUGAAAUGUAGAAAAAUCAAUAAUAAAUUGUAGUUAAAACAGGAAUUUUCGAUACAUAAUUUUGUUGGUGCUGUAUAUAAAAGAAAA